GGUGCAACUCUCCCCGCCAGAGGAGCAACUUUCGCUCGAGCGACCAGCCUUUUUUGCUGCUGUAUAACGCUUUCCUUGAUGUCAGUUGGCUGUCGGGGAUUGUAAACUGCUGAGAAGAACCGCGAAUCGCUGUACAGUUGAUCUCCUUUGGGAUUUGAGUCGUGUUUUUAGUAUUUUUUAAAACGGAGGAGCAGCGAGAACACACAUACGGCUGUCAGACCGCGGGAAAAUGUCGUUACUUCCUGUGCAAUGAAGUCUUGGCGCGACAUUAUAGUUGUAAACAACAAGAGGACACUUAACAAUACGCAAACAGUCAGGAAUUCCUGUAGACACUAAGCGGCAGAGAUACUUGGAAGAAUGGAGAACAUGGACACCAAUCACGCUCCUGGUCCUUUGGUACCUGAUGUCAAUGAAGACUCUGUGGAUAUCUAUGAUGGCCUCGAUUUCAGCAACAAUUCAGCUUUGAGGCCUGUUAUCAGUGAAGAUUCUGUGGACAUCUAUGAAGGCCUGGAUGACGGUUUUAAAAGCAAUGCAGAAAAGUCCUCUCCAAAGGCUUCGGAGCUGAAGGACUCAAUGGAUCUUUAUGAAGAAAUCGUCACAGAGGAACAGCAGAGCAGAGAGGCAUCAUACACAGAGUUGAAAUCCAGAUUCCAAGCAGCUCAAACCCUCAUUAAAGAGUUGCGCAGGAGAUUGGAGCAGAUGGAGAUUCAGAAUACUGGGUUGAACACUGAGAAUUGCUGUCUCAAAAAGAACAUCUCUGCACUUUUACAAACGGCUAGACAGGAGGUUACACGAAAAGAUGCUGAAAUUCAGAGGUUAAACCAACAGUCAAACAGAGGUCGCCCUUAUCACCAUUCUCACAUGAAUAAUCUACGGGAUCAAAAUUCCUCCAAUUGGACCUCCACAGGCAGCUCCAUGAGUAGGCCACCUCCUCAUCACCUGCCUCCUAAUCACCCGCCUCCUCCACCGCCACCGCCUCCAUCAUCCAAUCCUCCUCCUCCUCUUCCACCUCUACCACCACCCAGCGAGGAUCAUCCUCCAAGAGAUCCUCCUCAACCCUGCAGGAAAGAAAGCAAUAGUUCCACCCAUCAGCCCAGUGGAUCCAGCAGGAAAUCCAGUAAAACUUCAUCAAUGCGACAUAGUGACUCAGACAAACACAAGUCUAAGCACAGAGAGGAGAAAAGUCAAAGUCAGAAAGCGUCUGAAUCAACAGAAAGGAGACAUAGAAACAGUUCAGAUCCCAGCAAGGACGGUCAUACCUCUGAGAAAAACAGGUCUCACAAAGCAGACAAAGACACAGGACGGAGAUAUGACUCGAGGUCAUGUAAAAGCAAGAACUACCCUAAUAUUGAGGGACACCACAGGUCAGACGGAGUUAAAAGCCCUCCACCAGAGGUUUCACCUAGUGCAGUUGAUGUCAAGAAAGGGAGAAGUCGAGAAUGGAGACACGAUAUGGCCAAAAUAUCCACAUCAGACUCCGAACAUAGUGCAGCUCACAGCUCUAAAGAGAGCCACAGCCGAGAUCACAGAAAAAUCAACACCAGUGACAGACACAUCAGAAGUUCAGACUCAAAGGACAGAAAAAAGUCCUCUUCAAAUCAACAUGCUGAGCGCUCCAGAGAGUCCUCAAAAGAGAGAGGAGGGGAUAGACUGUCAAGGGAUCAUCAAAGGAAGGAGGAUAGACAGCGUGAAGAUGAGACCAGCAGAAAGCACAAGAGGAGCACUCCGUCGGAGACAAGCAGAGAGCGUGAGAAAGCAAGACUGAAAGAAUCCGAGCAAGGUAAAGAUGUCAAAGAAAGACGAGAAAAGACACAAGAGGCCUCAAAAAGAUCAUCAGAGGAACUAAAUAUUAGUGAGAAAAUCUCUGUAGAGGAAAAUAGUCCAAACAGGAAGCUGUGUUUCAUGGAAACACUGAAUCUAACCCUUUCACCAAUUAAGAAGCCAGGGUUGCCCAUCGAUGCGAGCCAGGGUGGCGUCACACCAGGGGACAAGGUAGUUGACAAUGGACCAGAUGAUGAGACUUCACAGCCAAACUUUGAGGACAUGUGUGUGAUUGAUGAAGUUAACAGCAGUGAAUUAGAAGCAGGGUUAGCAGAGAAAACCCCCGAAACACCAAGCUCUGAAAGGACACAAAAGAGGUGUGAUGACGUGAAAGAUGCCCUGGAAAAGGACCAGACAGAGACUGACAAAGAACUUGAAGACAGUUCAGUCCAAACUACCUCAGUUCAUAACCAAGGCCCAGAUACUCCAGGGAAUCAGAUGGCUGAGCAUCUCCCAACAGCAUCACAAGAGAUUACUUCUCCAGAAAAGAAAAACGUUUCAAGAAAUCAUGAGGACAAAACCAUACUGGACUCAGACAGCCAAGUAGAUGAUUGUAGACCUCGGGAGACUACUGAUGGUGACUGUGAUAUAUCUAGAAGCAUUUCUGAACAGCACAUGGCCAAUUCUUCAGAAACAAUAAAUCCUGGAAAUAAUAUUAAUCAAUCUGUAGAACUGAAGUGUGGAACUCCUAAAACUACAGAAGAGAAAAGUCUCCCUGCCAAUUCAGUUGAAGAAGAUGCAGAUGCUUCACACACAAGGGAAAAUCCUGUAGCCGAAGGUGUUCCUAACAAGGCCAACCACAAAAGUCCAAUUUCUCCCACUGUUCUACCUCAGAAUGGUCAACAAGGACCUCAUGCCUCUACUUCCAUUCCCAAGAAAGCUGCUUGUCCCUUGCAGGAUGGUCCUAAAGAUGCAGAUGCUGUAUCAAGUACGAUAAGCCUUGAAUCACUUCCACAGGAAGGGCUGAGUCUAUCUGAGGCAAUAUAUAUUUUAACACAGACAAAUGAAGACACCAACGACAGCAGCAGCAUCGUAAAUGAGCCAAGCUCUUCCACCAGCUGUAUCGCUGUGUCCAAAGUAAGCAGUACGACAGAGGAUGCAACAUUGCCAGAGAAGUACAGUGACCUCACUCUGACUCCAAAGAAGAGCGACACUCCUAGAAAGAGUCAUGGGAAUAAUGUUGAGCCUUCCAGCUCUGUGCCAUUAGUCCAUGAUGAGGACUCCAUGAUGCACACACUGAGCAAUCUGAAGAGAAUCCCUGAUGCUAUCAGCCCGCUAAGGAGCCCAAUAAGGGUAACCAAGAGAAGUCAUCUUCAUGUUCAUGGCAAGCCAGGUCAUGUCAAGAGCCUUCAGAAAGAUUUCUCCAGCACAGCUCCUGAUGCCAAUAUAAAGAAGUUGGAUAUAAACAAAGAAAAUAAAUAUCCAGGCUCCCCUCUAAAACAUGAAACGCAAAACUUGGUGGACAAAGUAUCUGACUUACCUUCAAAUCUCUCUGACACUGACCUUGAGGAAGGGGAAAUCUUAAGCGAAAGUGAUGAGAUGGCUGCAGGUUCUCCCGCUCCAGCAAACAAGAGGGCGAAAUUAGCACGACCAGGCAGAAGUAUACCGAGUCCUAAGUCUGUGUUGAAGAGGAAAUCUGAAGAAAGGUGCGUUGCAUCGAAAGAAACAAUUAAAACAGCAGGUUUAGCGACGAGAAGUCCAAAGAGUCGUUUUAAAACAGUCUCUCCUGCAGCAACCAAAGCUUCUUUUUCAACCAUAGAGGAAGUAAUGGAGACAUUUAAGGUGGUUCGUACUGAGGUCCGAAGAAAGUACAUGAAGCUCCAUAAAACCUUUCCCAAGAAGAGCUUCUAUGGUAUGAUGGAGAAUUUCCAGCAGUCUUUUUUAGAAUUUGUGGAUGGUGCACAUUUUGGUCUAAUUUGCAGUCAGGCAGGCGAACUGAAAUCCAAGCUGAAGAAAUUGAUUUCAUGCGUGUUUAGCAAAGUAUCAAAUAAUGGCAUUGUAAAACGCAUCUUUGAACAGCAGGCAGUCGAUCUGAAGCAGAGGUUGUGGGACUUUGUAGACGUCCAAGUUGAGUACUUGUUCAAGGACAUUUACGCGGCGUUGAAGAGCCUUUGCAAACCAGCAAGAGCUCAGGCUGAGGAUAACAGGUCCAGGGAAAAUGAGAAGGUAUCUAAACAGCCUCCUGCAAAGAAACCACAGUGUCAAAAGGAAGCACAAGCGGCUCCGACCAGCCUGAAUCGGAUCAAGUCUUGUGCUGUGGUGCCUUACAAAACAGGCCUUGGAAGCAGAGGGAAAGAUAUCAGAAUCACACAGGGGGAAAAAGACAGCAAUGUUGAGCGGCAUCCAACAAACUGCUUAGAUAAACAAACUGUAGACUUCCUCCCUUCCAAAGCUGUUCCUUCAACCCCAGAAAAAAGUAACAUAUCUUCUUUGGUCAUCUCUCAGAAUGGCUCUUUGCUUGACAGAACUGACUUUGAGCUUCUCACAGAACAGCAAGCCUCUAGUUUAACAUUCAACUUGGUGAGAGACACUCAAAUGGGAGAAAUCUUCAAGUGUCUCCUGCAAGGAUCAGAUUUAUUGGAAACCAGUGGCAUGCCUGGCGACAACACAGCCUGGUCCCUCAGUACGCCAAGGAAAGAUGGUGAGAGACUUAUCAGCAUCACCACUCCAAUUAAAUUUGACUCUCCAUCUAAGCUGCUGUCCCCAACGAAAUUUGAAACUCCCUCAAAACUUAUCGCAACAUGGUCCAGCAUUUCACCUCGCAAGAUGUCAUCCCCGAGACCCAAAGAUCAGAUCCAGCUAAAUCCAGCUUUGUUUGAUGAAAGUUGCUUGUUAGAAGUGCCAUCAGAGAAUAGAACAGCGGCUUCACAAAAGUCAUAUUCUAUUCUAGCUGAAGACCUGGCAGUCUCUCUCACCAUUCCGUCUCCUCUCAAGUCUGACAGCCACCUGAGCUUCCUGCAACAGCCGAGCAUGCCCCUCAUGUCCACUCCAGACAGCGUCAUCAGCGCUCACAUAAGCGAGGACGCUCUGCUGGAUGGGGAGGACGCUUCAGAGCAGGACAUCCACCUUGCCCUCGACACGGACAACUCCAGCUGUUGCUCGAGUACCAGCAGCGAAGUUCUCGCCACACCUUUCGUGUUCAAGCCCGACCUGCCGAUGCAGGCACUGGUGAUGGAGAGGUCCAACGAUCAUUUCAUUUUGAAGAUUCGUCAGGCGGCCUCAGGCAUCAAUACCACGCUCAUUGCUGAUGAUAGCUUAAGUCAAACACUAACAGAAGCAGAUCAGCAACUUGGAGAAGAUAAGGUAGAAGGUAAAGACGGUCAAGCAAACGCUGUUUUAUUGGACAAGUUGCAGAACGAUUCUCCUUUAAAUGCUUUGCCCUCAAACGCUGUAUCUCCAGAGAAAGGUCUCUUAGGAAUCUGUAAGACUGCCACUGAUAGAGAUAAACAUCUCACUCAAGAUGACAGCGUAACACUAACAAAAGAUCCAUCCAAAAAAAAGGAUUUGUCACCUCAACAAAAUACCUCAGACGCUGUGAAUUUAAAGAAACUGUCAGGAUCCCUAGAAAAUAAGCCUAAAACUACUCCUCCAGACAGCAUUCUGCACAACGAAGCUCAAAGCUUUGAUCAUUCUUUUGGACAGAUCAGCCAAGCAACCAGCAAGAAAGAUAUCACAGUCACGGCUGACAAAAACCCAAGUACAACAUGCCACAGAGAACAAGACAAGAAAACUCAAAGUCCCUCAAAAGCUCAAAAGUCUCAGAAAAGGAUCAGUGGCUCUGGAUCGGUGGUGUCAGAUACCAGUGCACGUCACCCCGUCGAAAGCUCUGAAACCAAACAAAGGAACCAAGUGUCAUCACAACGUGUUUCAGACUCUGGGAGGGAUGAAAUGGAGGUGUCAGAAUCAGAAAGAAAUCUCAUCAUUGCGGACGACAUAAGCAGCACACCAGAGAAAGACCGAAGGGAUUGUGACAAAGGUAGAAAACGGACAAAGAACCACAAGAAAUCAAAAGCCAAGCGGUCCAGAAGAGAGGAAGAGGAGAGGACAGAAGAGAUGGGGUCCGACUACAAGACAGACGAUUGUGAUUCCAAAUCGUCCCCAUCAUCGCUUUCCCCUAGCAACCUCUACGCAAAGAAUGUCAUCAGGAAGAAGGGCGAGGUGGUGAUGGCAUGGACCAGGGAUGAAGAUCGAAUUAUUCUGAUUGAACUGCAGACAAAAGGUGCUUCACGUGAGACUUUCUCUGCCCUGUCGGAGAAACUUAACAAGCCAUCAGGGCAGAUUGCUCACAGAUUUCAUCAGCUUAUGAAGCUUUAUAAGAAGCAGGAGAAGAUGGACACUUGAUCGCUAUGAUGGUGUUAAAUCUAAUAGUCCUUGUGUUAGAGCAUUCCCAAACAUACUGUUGCACCAACACAGUUAUGAUGACUAUGUUCAUGUGACACAGGGUGGAAUUUAAUGUCCCUGGGGUCACAGGUUCAAUCCCCACAUAGGCCACACUGUCUAGCAACUGCCACCAUCAACUGAUCACAAAUAUUAGCAGAAGUUUUGGUCAAACCUAGUUGUUUUCUUAUUUCAGAGGAAUGUCGUAAAUCCAGUCACUGUCUGUGAAUGUAUGUUAUUCUGGGUACUGAACUGGACCUGUUCUUGCUGAUAGAAAAUAAUUCAAACUGUGAAAAAUAAGGAUUCAGUGAUAAUGACUGUUCCUCAGCACAACUGACGAGAUAGACUGAUGAGAACAGUUAGUUAGAAAAUAUUGUUUUUGAUGCACUUUUUGGUUUUUAAGAAUCCUCACUGCAGUCACUACUUCAAUGUUGUUUCUGAAACAGAUAUCCGGGCCUCACAGUAGCACAUAACUGUCCCCAGUGCAGCAUCCACACAUACUUUGCAGGGUUUGCAGAUAUGAUACAUUGCAAAAACGGUGGUUUCAGUAAGUCCUCAGCUUACCUCUACUCAUAAAUGUAUGUUUUUCUUUUCUCGGUAUAUUUGAGAGAAACUGCCUUAAGACUAAGAUUGUUCCACUGCAAGUACGCUCAAAUGUUCCUCAAUCAAGUGGCAUUUUUAGUUCCUAAAAUUACUGGAUGCUCACUGACAAAAACUUGAAGUAUCACUCAUCAGUAAACCACCAGCAGUGGAACUGAUGGGACCCUGAGGUUGGACCUUUUUAGUAUAAUUCUGAAAUUUUGGAUCUUAUUUUAAUGGAUGUAUUCAUAUCUGGGGGAAGAGCUUGAAGUGUUUGGUUGUUAAAACGUUUACAUGUCCGAUUCAUGUACAAGGACAGUACAUUUAUCUAUUAAUACAAAUGAAACCUUUUAUCCAUGGGCCUUAUUGGCUUUGUGUUUGAUUCAUCCUGUCACUAAACAGAAUGGAAUGCAAUAUUGUGAAUAUUGUGUGUAAUUCUUUAGUGUAAAUAAAGUUUUAUUUAUUUA